UAGUGGUUGUAGGGAACUGGUCCGGGCGCAGUUUUCGUUCCUUUUUCUCCUCUACCUUUCUCCGGGUUUGUCCACCCUUUGCAGCUUUUCUUCCUCCAUACCGGGCCACCUCUGGAACUCACGAAGUACCCAUACAAAAGAAACCUUCUCUUAAGAAGAUAAAGAAAGUAGAGGAAACGAGGCUCCUGAGCUUUUCCAGCACUAAAUGGCUACAGAAUCAAGAAAGCUUUUAGCCUCAUCCCCACCAGACCAGGCUCCUGAAGAGGACCUUGUAAUUGUGAAAGUAGAGGAGGAUCAUGGUUGGGACCAGGAAUCUAGUCUACAUGAAAAUAACCCUCCUGGCCAAGAACUGUUCCGCCUACGCUUCCGGCAGUUAUGCUACCAGGAGACACUAGGACCCCGAGAAGCUCUGAUCCAACUCCGGGCACUUUGCCAUCAGUGGCUGAGACCAGAUUUGAACACCAAGGAGCAGAUACUAGAGCUGUUGGUGCUGGAGCAGUUCUUGACCAUCCUGCCUGAGGAGCUCCAGACCCUGGUUAAGGAACAUCAGCUAGAGAAUGGAGAAGAGGUGGUUACCCUGUUGGAGGAUUUGGAAAGGCAGAUUGAUAUACUAGGACGGCCAGUUCCAGCUCGUGCACAUGGACAUAGGGUACUCUGGGCAGAGGUGGAGCUUUCAGAAUCUGCACCAGAGGCUCCAAGUCCUCAGCUCCAACCUAUGGCAACCCAGCAUAAAUCUCCAGUGCUUCCAGGGCCACAAGAGAGAGCCAUGUCUACUUCUCAGAGUCCUACCCCUUCCCAGAAGGGAAGUUCUGGAGACCAGGAGAUGACAGCUACACUUCUUACAGCAGGGUUCCAGACUUUGGAGAAGAUCGAAGACAUGGCUGUGUCCCUUAUUCAGGAGGAGUGGCUUCUUGAUCCAUCACAGAAAAAUCUGAAUAGAGAUAACAAGCCAGAGAAUUACAGAAACAUGUUCUCCCUGGGUGGUGAGACCAGGAAUGAGAACAAGGAAUUAGCUUCGAAACAGGUAAUAUCUACUGGAAUCCAACCACAUGGAGAGACAGCAGCCAAAUGCAACGGGGAUAUUAUUGGGGGUCUUGAGCAUGGAGAAGCCCGAGACUUCCUGGGCAGAUUAGAGAGGCAGCGGGGAAAUCCCACACAGGAGAGACGACAUAAAUGUGAUGAAUGUGGGAAAAGCUUUGCUCAGAGCUCAGGCCUUGUUCGCCACUGGAGAAUCCACACUGGGGAGAAACCCUAUCAGUGUAAUGUAUGUGGUAAAGCCUUCAGUUACAGGUCAGCCCUUCUUUCCCAUCAGGAUAUUCACAACAAAGUAAAACGCUAUCACUGUAAGGAGUGUGGUAAAGCCUUCAGUCAGAACACAGGCCUGAUCCUGCACCAGAGAAUUCACACUGGGGAGAAGCCAUAUCAGUGCAAUCAGUGUGGGAAGGCUUUCAGUCAGAGUGCGGGCCUUAUUCUGCACCAGAGAAUUCACAGUGGGGAGAGACCCUAUGAAUGCAAUGAGUGUGGGAAAGCUUUCAGUCAUAGCUCACACCUCAUUGGACAUCAGAGAAUCCACACUGGGGAGAAGCCUUAUGAAUGUGAUGAGUGUGGGAAAACCUUCAGGCGGAGCUCACAUCUUAUUGGCCAUCAGAGAAGCCACACUGGGGAGAAACCUUACAAAUGCAAUGAGUGUGGGAGGGCCUUCAGUCAGAAGUCAGGCCUUAUUGAACAUCAGAGAAUCCACACUGGAGAAAGACCCUAUAAAUGUAAAGAAUGUGGGAAAGCUUUCAAUGGGAACACUGGCCUCAUCCAACAUCUAAGAAUCCACACAGGGGAGAAGCCCUAUCAAUGUAAUGAGUGUGGCAAAGCCUUUAUUCAGAGGUCUAGUCUCAUUCGACAUCAGAGAAUCCACAGUGGAGAAAAGUCUGAAUCCAUAGGAGUUUAGGAAAAGCUUCAGCUUCAGUCAUAAGUUUGAGCAUUAUUCAACAUUAGAGAAACUGCACUGAUGAGUGGACUUUCAGUGUACUAAAAAAGGAAGAAGUUCAUCAUUGUUGGAACUUUAUCUAAUCUCAGAAUCUAUAGGGGUGGCAAAGUUAGAAUAGCUCGUUAGUGGUUUGGUCCCAGUGCCUUGAGGCAGAUUGAUUAGCUUGACUGUCUUUGGAGGUGUCUGAUGGAGUGGAGCUCUCAGUGGCCUAAUGUAUCCUUUGAAAAUUUAAAAUAGCAUUAGAGCAAGUUUCUUGUCUUGGUUUGAGGCACCUCACUUUGUCUUUUGGUGAGUAGCUGUAGGUUUGAGAGAGGCUGCUACUCGUAGUUCCUCUGCUUCUUCCCAUCGCCUGUGAUCACCUUCUCCUGUUGAUUUCCCUGAAGGUACCAUUUUACUCCUAAUCUGAUCUAAGAAGCUGCUCUAGAGUUCAAAGCAGCCUAUGUGUGAGAUUUAUAUUUGUAUUUAGCUUUCUAAGAUCCUAGUUCUAGGGGAAUUUUUACAGAUAUAAUGUAUUUAGGCUUAGUGUGCAUUUUUUUAUUCUAAUGUUCUUUCUAGUCAGUGGAAAUCCAUAUUCCCACACAAACUCAGAAUGCUAUAUUUUUAACAGCACUCCAGCAUUUUUCUUAAUAUAUCACCUUCACUGACUCCACUGAGUCAUUGAGCAUCUGUAUAUUUCCUUCACCACUCCCAGUCCCAGUACCUGUGUCAGCAAAGGAAGUGGACGUGUUAGUGGUGGUUGUGGGAGUGAUACCAAGAAAGAGGUGAGUGGAGACUCAGCUCAGCUGCUCUUGAGCUUAGAUAGUUGUACCUUUUGGUGACUUCUCACUCUUCUUCCACUUCCCCACUGUACACUGUGGUUCAAAUAGGUAUGUACAGUGUCCUAGCUGUGGCAUCACACAGGAGAAAGGAGACAGAGGUGCUUGAAGAAGACAUAAAAAUCCUUUCAAAGAAUGUACACUCAUCCCUUUUGGCCCAUUACAGUACUGCUCUCUCAGGUUCCUAUCAGCCUGCAUAAACUCCCUGACUGCAUAGUCUGUCACUCUUGUCAUUAUCUUGGACCCACCUCCUUCAGUGGCGUCAGCACCUUGCUCAUCAUUCUCUAUUUCUCGCCAUUAGUUUAUAUAACUUUAAUAUCCACAGUGUUAUCUGUCAAAUACCUUAGCUCACAAUUCUCAUUCUGCAUUCUGGUGCAUUCCAUUUGUAUGUAAUCCACGUCUGUAAUCUACCAACAAAGACACACUAUUAUACACAUCAUCACCAGAUAAUGUAUUUCAUCUUUGAGGCUUUCAGUCUACCAAGGGAUACUGUAUAAAGUAAUGAAACUGACUUAAAGUAACAUGCCAGAGCUUAUGCAUCCAAUAUGGGUUGUCUUUUAAACUGGGUAGUAAUAGUUAAUCCAAAAUACUGUUGUUCCAGUAGUGCUACUAUUCCUCUAAAUAUUUGGAACACUCUUAGAAUUCCUGUUUAAUAAACCAUAUAAGAAAACCCUGUAUUACUCUUAGUCACAUUUCCUUUUUGACUAUUUGAGUAGUCACUUAUUCACCAGACUUGGAAUCAAGUAACUUUUGGUUUUCCAAAAUUAACCCUCAAACUUGAAAUGGAUUCUAUUAAGUCUAUUCAGAAGAAAAUUAUAUAGGUUCUGAUGAAAACUCCAAGAGAAGUAACAUGAUUUCACACUGUGACUGUCUUGAAAAGAGAUAACACUUAAUCAUGUUAUUUUGAUUGAUGUGUUAAGAAAGCAAUCAUAAAAUCUUACCUCAUAAAGGUCCACCUUUUGGAUCAUAAAUGUCUUCUUUAAAACAUCCCUUCUCCACCUCCCUGUGGCCCAUCUUGACCACUAACAAUGUCAUGUUUAUCUACGUCUAUUUCAUUGAGCCAUUGGUACCCAGUAGACACUUGUCAUCCUUGUUUACUUGGUUAAUUUUUCAAAACAGUCCUUUUCGUUAUCUUUUAUUUCUUAUCCUCCCUUCUCUUUUUUUCUUUUUUUGACCUAUAGAUUACCAUUUCUAAUUCCCAUGUACUUGAAAUUUCAAAAAACCGAAAACAAGUAAAUCUGAUUGUGUCUAGAUCCUUGCUCUCAGCUUCAGUUGUGCCUUACCCCUCUGUAAGAUACUAAUUCUUCCUGGGGCCGUUGCUACCUUGUGUGCAGAUAUAACAUAGGAUGGGUACAGAGGGAAAGUGCAUGUGUAUGUGCGCACAUGUAUGUACACACACACUCUCCUUCCAUAUGCUUUAGAGGAACACUUGCUCUCUAUUCUAAUAAAAACGUAUUUUAGCAGAGCAACACAUUGAAAUGUCUAUGGAUGUACCAGCCAAUGUCUCUUUAGACAUCAGUACCUAGAAUGAUGUGUAGCCAGAUUACUUAAAUCUCAGAAUUACCAAGCAUCUGGCAGAAAUUUAGAGAAAAGAGAAUAAUAUGACUAGAAAGGUUACUGUUUUACUGGGAUGAAUGUGAGAAAAGACUCACCUGAAAGAAUUAUCAAGGCUGAUUGAGCACAUAUAUAGAAAUAGCAAAGUGGUAUGAAAUAAUAGAAAAAGGCUGUGGAUUGUUUGGGGACAUAAUAGAAGUCAUUCCUGGUCUCAAGUUCUUACUCUUAGCAUUAGAAUAUUAUUGAUCCAUCUACAUGAUAUUUUGAGCCCUUAACUAUGAAUGGCAUGCAUUAAGCUCCUUUAUUCUGCAGAUUCUAUUUUUAUGCUCUUAAUUGGGAAUGAACUAUCCAGCAGUACUUCUCCCAUUUUCAGCUUCUCGUUUUAGGACACGGCAGCAUAAGGUGGUUCUUCCAUAACUGUUGCCAUCCAUGAUAGUCCUAGAGAAGCAUCUUAGGUUUCAAAGAUUUUCUCUGUGGAGCAAGGUGGCAGUGCUAGUAUGUGGUGAUUGAUUCCCAGAUGGAGCAGUUAGCUUUAUUCUUGGUUCUGAGUCUCCAGAAAAUAAUAGCUGACAUUUAUUGAGCACUUACUGUGUGUUAAACCCUAUGUUAAGCAUUUCUCAUACUUAUGAUAGAUAUCAUUAUUAUAUUCCCCAUUUCAUAGAUGAGGAAACUGAGGCUUCAAGAGUUAAAUGAGCUGACCACUGUCACACAGCCAGAAAGUGAUAGAACAGAUUCUAACCAACACAGUCUGAUUCUAGAGCCUGUGCUUCUGACCACUGUGAAUGCUGCCUGUAAUGAACACCAUAACUCUGGCCAGCCAUUCAAAACAUAUGUAUCCCUGGUCAUGAGAGGUACUGGUGAAGAGAAUGUGCAGUAUAGUGUGCAAAUCUAUUGCAAUUACUAGAAAAUGUGGUUGAAAAUGCCAUUUUGGAUUAUAUUAUCUUUAAUGUUGAUCCUUUUGAUGCUUUGUAGUAUUAGAAAGAUAAAUUGUGCAAAUAAACAUGUUUUAAAAAGUAACUGGGAGGGUAAAGCAAUAACAACUUACAGAUUCAAAUACGUAUCUCUCUAAAUUGUGUAAGGGAAUGUAGAAUUGUGGAAAGAAAUGAAAUAUUCAUGUACCAGACCAGGCAGAUGGACAGUUAGGAUGACAAUAGUAAGUUCAUCUACAGCAUAAAAUGUGAAAAACCUUCAACUUCAUUGCUUGUUUCCAACUACCAUUCUCUUUUUCCUCUGUCAUUUCUGGUUUUUCCAACAUGUCAUCCAUUCUUCAACCCCAUUUCCUCAUUAAUCUAUUCUUAAAACUUCUCCUUACUGUCUUUCAUAUUCAGCAUUCCACUGACAUGUCCUUAGAAUCACCAGUAGGUAAAUAUUAAGGCUGUUUUUUUUUUAGUUCUUGUCCUUCUUGAUCUCGUUUGUAUUUCAUAUUGUUGAAUUCUUCCUACACCUCAGGAAUUCUCUUCUUCGGUUUGUGGAAUCCUAAGUCAGUUUUCCAGAAUAUCUGGCUUUUCUAUAUUGGCCCUUUUUUUUUCUUCUCCUCUCCACUGAGAAUAACCCCCUUGUUUUAUUUUUUUAUUCAUAGCUUUUUCUAUAUUCUUCUUUAUACAUUUUGAUUGUUUACACUUAUUUUCUGUAUUUGAGUGACUUUUUAUUUCCCACCCUGUGGGUCAUCUUGCAACUUGUGGGAUUUUCCAUAAGUACCUACACGACUGGCAUUUGUAAGCAGAACCCAUCACUCUUAUCCUCCAACCCCCAUUUUCUUUUUAAAUAGUCAUCAUUGCUUAAUUACUUUACCUUGAACAGACUCACUACUCUUCAUAUUUUUUAUCUCAAACUUAGAGUUAUCUUCUCCUUUCCUCUACUCUCCACGUCCAAAAUCUUGCUCUCUAUCCAAUUCUUAGUCUUCUUGAGGCUUGAUCUUUUCAUAUCUACCAUGCCCUUAUAGCCUUCCAUGCAGAUCUGCAUCAUCUGACUCCCAGAUUACUGUAAUUCUUUCUUUUAAAUUUCUUUGUUCUCAGGAAUCCCCAUCUUUUAUAAAACUUCCAAGAUGAGCCUUCUCAAACUUCAUUUUCAUUUCUCAUUUUCACUCAGUAAUGCCCAGCAGAUAAUUCCUAACAGAGCAGUGAUUUCCAAAUUCUCCAUUACUUUGUCCUCCGUGCUUAAUCUGCUUCAGCUUUCAUUACUCUCUAGCAUAUUCACCUUAAUCAUCAUAUUCAAACUUCCUACAGCCUUCUAUUGCUGUCUUAUAAGCCCUUGCCUAUGUGCCUUUCUCAUGCUAUUCCUUUGCUUAGAUUGCUCUUUGGCCCCAGCUCAUGUUCAUCACUCCCUUCAAAUCCUAGCUGCUUUUAUAUCAUCUGAGUGAGCUUUUCCUGAGCUUCAUCUCACAGAGUCCUCCCUUCUUCUGUGCUGCCUCAGCACUUAUCUUUUGAGUUUUUACUGUGGUCCAUGCACUUACUAAUAUGUUGCUUUGUAAUUAUUUUCUAGCACUCUGUAUUGUAGUUUCACAUUUGUAUUUAUUUCCAAAAUUAAAUUGUAAGCUCCUUGAGGGCAGGAAUAAUAACUUUUACAUUUGUAUCUCUGCAUCCCCUAGUGCCUAGUGCAGCACUGAGCACAUUGUAGGUGUUUAAUAAAUGCUUGUGGAAUUAUUGUGUGGA